CUGAUAACCGGCAUGAGGGCCGUGGACCACUAAAGCUGCUAAUGAAUGUUGCAGUCAGACGGAUGCAGACUAUACGCGCAUCAUUCGCAACAACGCCUUCGAGCUGAGCCCGCUUCGGUGAUUGGACGAGUCGAUAGCGCAAUUUUCUUCAGCGUGGGUAGCGAAUCCGGUGGGCACAAAGAACUCUGCACUAGCUAAUUGGAGUAAAAUGGCGCUGUCUUCUGCAGGGGGAACAAAGAAGAAAGUUUGCUAUUAUUAUGAUGGCGACGUGGGAAAUUACUACUAUGGACAGGGCCAUCCCAUGAAACCUCACAGGAUCCGCAUGACUCACAAUCUUCUACUCAACUACGGACUCUACAGAAAGAUGGAGAUCUAUAGACCUCACAAGGCCAACAGUGAGGAGAUGACCAAGUACCACAGUGACGACUACAUCAAGUUCCUGCGAUCUAUUCGGCCAGACAACAUGUCAGAGCACAGCAAACAGAUGCAGAGAUUCAAUGUAGGAGAGGAUUGUCCCGUGUUCGAUGGACUGUUUGAGUUCUGUCAGCUGUCAACAGGAGGCUCUGUUGCAGGGGCAGUGAAGCUGAACAAGCAGCAGACCGACAUCGCCAUCAACUGGGCCGGAGGACUCCAUCACGCCAAGAAGUCUGAAGCAUCCGGGUUCUGCUACGUCAACGACAUCGUUCUGGCCAUCCUGGAGCUGCUGAAGUACCACCAGAGGGUGCUGUACAUAGACAUCGACAUCCACCAUGGAGACGGAGUGGAAGAGGCGUUUUUCACAACAGACAGAGUCAUGUCCGUCUCCUUCCACAAGUACGGGGAGUACUUCCCUGGCACCGGGGACCUCCGGGACAUCGGCGCAGGGAAGGGGAAGUACUACGCGGUGAACUACCCCCUCAGGGACGGCAUCGACGACGAGUCCUAUGAGGCCAUCUUCAAACCCGUCAUGGCCAAAGUGAUGGAGAUGUUCCAGCCCAGUGCUGUGGUGUUGCAGUGUGGAGCUGAUUCUCUGUCAGGGGACCGGCUGGGCUGCUUCAAUCUUACAAUCAAAGGUCACGCUAAGUGUGUUGAGUACAUGAAGAGCUUCAACCUGCCCCUGCUCAUGCUGGGUGGAGGAGGUUACACCAUCCGCAAUGUGGCGCGCUGCUGGACCUUCGAGACCGCUGUGGCUCUGGACAGCUCCAUACCCAACGAGCUGCCUUACAACGACUACUUUGAGUACUUUGGCCCAGAUUUCAAGCUUCACAUCAGCCCCUCCAACAUGACCAACCAGAAUACCAACGACUACCUGGAGAAGAUCAAACAGAGGCUGUUUGAGAACCUGCGUAUGUUGCCCCAUGCUCCGGGGGUGCAAAUGCAGGCCAUCCCUGAAGACGCUCCGCACCCCGACUCUGGAGACGAGGAGGAUGAGGACCCCGACAAACGCAUCUCCAUCCGCGCCCAUGAUAAGAGGAUAGCAUGCGAGGAGGAGUUCUCCGACUCAGAGGAUGAGGGACAGGGAGGUGGAGGGAGGAGGAACGCUGCAAACCACAAGAAGACCAAACGAGUUAAGACUGAGGAGGAGAAGGAGAAAGAGAAGGAUGUUGAGGAGAAGAAAGAGGUGAAAGAGGAGGAGAAGGACACCGAUGAGAAGAUGGAUACGACAGGGCCAAAAGAAGAAACGAAAAUGACUUGAAGUUGAUGAACCCAGAUCAUUAUGCACCAAUUCCCCCCCCACACACACACACAUUGCAACUGAAAUGGACUGUAAAAUAUUUCUUGAACAGUGUUUUAGUAUUUCUUCAUAUGCAGCCUAAUGUUUGGGCCUGUGGUCAAGUGUUGAAAAUUGAGAUGCAAGAUAUUUCUUUUUCACGUGUCUGGUACCCCCUGACGUGUCACUGUUCUUAUGGAGCCUCAACACCAUCGGAGAAUCUCCAGCCAUGGGGUUCAUGCCAACAGUCCAACGCCAUGCUGAAAGACUCACUUCCCAGAGGGCCUUUUCUCAGCACAUUGUUGCUCCUCCUUUUGUAUCUGAUUGAUUAAAGAAGUUAAUUAACAUUCAUCGGGAGCUUGCCCCGUUGCUGAGAUCUUAAUUGGAUAAAUUGGGGAAGCAGAAAGCGUCUUAGAAAUGUCCCUCGUUAAACUAAGUUUCAGGUCAUUUAACCAGGUGGCGCUCUAUCCCCAUAUAGUGUGCACUUCUGUCAAAACAAAAACCAGUUUCUGCACCACAGUGGGUGACAUGGAACGUCUUGCCGGCACUCUUUUGUCCUGACAGUUAUUUUAUAUCUCCUCCCCAAGACAGCUUGAUCUCACGUGACGGUACGCGACGUACUGACUCCUUCCUUACCUCGUUUUAUAUUUCUUACAGUAAAACACAUUUUUAAAUCUUUUUUAUUUUAUUUAUGUCUUGUGUUUAAUAGGUCAGUGUUUGUGCGUACUGCUCCAGGGUCUAGUUUCCUCUAGGUACAGAUGUUGGAUCAGUCAUGAGUAAGCUAACCUAAGCCAUGAAUAAGAAAAAUAUGAAACUGAUCCAAGGUCAGCAUCCGGAGGCAGCUUCGUCAUUGGAAACCGGACCACAUUUUAUGUCCCCGGUGUUUUCUACUGUUAUUAGAGCAGGUGAAGAAAGUGUUUAGCUGGUUGGGAGUUCAAUUUUUGUGAUGUGCAUAUAACUUGUUUUUAUUAUAUAGAAAAAUAAAUCUAAUUGAUUUUGUA